UGUGCAAAUGUUUGUUCACUUAUGGACAGGUUAGAUUUGUGCAAUUCAACUUAAAUUUCUUUCGAUAUAACAAUAUAGUAGAAGAAUUUAGAAUUUUCACGUUUUUACGGAUGAUGGAGGAGGUUGACAAUAUAAUAAUUCACUCAUUGCGUCAAAUAGGCUGUGACAUAGAAGAAAAUAUAACAAAUCUUAGUGGUUUUAACACAGAAUUAAUUAUAAAAGCAACAGUAAAAUGUUUGGAUGUAAUAAGACCAGGCCUUGGAUUAUCAACAGUUUUACCUAUAAAUAUGGCAGCCAGAUUUCGAUUGGGUGCUACACUUGCUCAAGCAUGUUUAGAAUUAGGAUACAAAGCUGAUGUUGGUUAUCAAACAUUUUUAUAUAGUUCAGAAACAGAUUUACGAAAAGUUUUUAUGUUUCUUAUUGAAAAAUUACCAAAAGAAAGUGAUAAAUCUUUAAGUGAACCUGUUAGUAAUAUUGUAUUAUUAGAAAAAUCUAUAUCAAGAGCAAUAGCACAGAGUCUUUCUGCUCCAUGGUUACCACAUUAUUGUCAUACAAAGGGAUUUAGAAAUAAAGGAAGAGCAAAAAUUCCAUAUAAAUCUGUAAAUUUAGAAGUUUCAACAAUAAGAAAGGAAGAAAAUAAAGAAGAAUAUCAAGAUUAUUGUAUACAUUAUUUGCAAUCUGUGCCUGAACAAAUGCAAAAUGAAAUGACACUUCUACCAUCUUUGAUAUCUUACAAUGCAAAAGCUCUCCAUUCACAUUCAAUGAGUAUUCUUGAUCAAAUAAAUUGGUUAAAUGAACAAUAUUGUGAUAAAAUUACUGAAGUUAAUGAAUCUAGUGACAUUAAUAUUUUAAAUAGAAUCUCAAUACAAGACAAAACAUUAUCUUCUAAUGAAUUUCAAAUGGAAAAUAAUAAUGUUAAAGAAACUAAACUUAUAAAACAAAAAAUAAUAGAUAAAACAGAAAAACAAGAUUUACAAAUAGAAAAAAUAAAAGCAGACUGUGAAAUUAUUAGAAAAGAUAUAGAAGAAUUGCAAGUUGCAAUUAAAAAUUUAACAACCAGUGUAACACAAGCAACAAUAAAUUAUCAAAAUGAGGAAAAAAAAUUAACAAUUAAUGAAGAACAAAAAAAGAUUAAAGCAAGAAUUUAUGAUCUAUUUCAAGAUGGUGAAGAGAAUAUUAAGAAACUAGAAGCAGCUAUUGAAGUUACUACAAAUAAAUUAAUUAAUUUAGGUAAUCAAUGGGAAAAACAUAGAAUACCUCUAAUUCAAAAAUACAGACAAGAAAGGGAAAAACAUUCUACUAAAGCUAAUGCAAGUCAAAAGAAACUUGAUGAUAUUAAGUUAUUAAAAGAAAAGGAAAGAGAACUACAAGAAGAAUGUCGCAAUAAAGAUCAACAAUACUCACAAUUGGUAACAGAAGUUCAAAAACUUUCAAAAGAAGUGAAUAGAUCCGCAUAUACUCAACGAAUUUUAGAAAUAAUUAACAAUAUUAGAAAACAAAGAGACGAAAUUAGUAAAGUAUUAGUUGAUACACGAGAAAUCCAAAAAGAAAUAAAUACACUUACAGGCAGAUUAGAAAGAUCUUUUACUGUUGCUGAUGAAUUAAUAUUUCGAGAUGCAAGAACAAAUGAAGCAUCAAGAAAAGCUUAUAAAUUAUUAGCUACACUUCAUUCUGAUUGUAGUGAACUUGUAAAUUUAGUAGAAGAAACAGGUGCAACUAUAAGAGAAAUAAGAGAUUUAGAAGAACAGAUUGAUUCUGAAGCUACAAAAAAUAUUGGAGCAAAUUUAGAAAGGAUAACUGCUGAUUUGAAACAAAUGAAACAAGAAACAGCAGAAUUAACAGCACAAUUACAAAAUAAAAAUUCGUGAUUUUGAUAUAAUCUGUGAUAUUACGAUGUAUUAUUUAUAAUAACAACGACCAGGUAAAAAUUUUAUUAAUGUUGAAAGAAAAAUCUGUAAAAUCUUAUUAAAAAAAAUAUUUUACAAUACGAAACAUAUAUUGAAAUACUUACAAACCAUACAAGAUUAUAUUAUUUACAGGACAUUCCAUAUAAAUAAAUGAAUGAAUACAUUACAAAGACUAAAUUUUAUAAUUAUGCAAAAUUUAAUAUAUUGCUGCUUAUAAAACAGUCUUUGUAAAUUUAGGAAUAAUUAUUAAAUGUGUGCCUUGGCCCAAAAUAAUAUAAUGUUAAUUUUGUUUAUAAAAGGGCCAAGUCUGUGACAAAUUCAAUAUCAAUGCUCAAAUGGAACAUUAUUUGUUACAGAGCCUAAUAAUUUUUUAAUAUAUAAACUUUAAUUGUACAGUUAACUUUCAUAUUUAUACGAAAUAAGUAAUUUAGAAUUAUCUAUUAUAAAUUUAUGUAAUGAACAUUUAAGGAAAUACUUUUAAGUUAUGAUGUACAAAAUAUAAGAAAUGAGUAACAAUAUA